AAUGCGCCAUCCUGCAUCCUCCUUAGUUGGUUCUACUUUCUGUCUGAGCGGAGAGCUUAACGGUAGCGCAAGAAGAUUUCAGUGAGUAACUGAUGUCCAGUUGAUGAAGUGGAAAUCUGUUGCUGCUUCCUCACGGUUGCUUCUCCGAGUAAUUGUCUCACCUCAGGAAAUAAGGCGCGUCACCCUACAGAAUUUUCCCACCUCUGUUGAUGAGCUAUGUGUUGUACUGCGCAACAGUCUGGCCCUCCGAAGAACCUUCAUCCUACAGUUUGAAGAUCCAGACUUUGGGAAUGAGCUCUGCAAUUUGACAGACAUAAAAGAACUACAAAUGGAACGAGCCACACUGAAAGUUGUGUUUACCUUUUCUGAACCAGUUUCUGACUCAACAUUAGAUACUGCAAGCAUUGGAUCCCCAAGUAGUUCUGAUUCAGCAGAGUGGCCUGACCCUUUUGUCAUUCCAGCUUUUUCACAUGAUGUUGAUCUUCAGCUGAGGGCAGCAAAUGAUGCUCAUGCCAAAGAUGGAACUGUGAUGGUCAUCUCAAAGAGUGUGAAGAGUGACAUACUGGAUAGACUAGCUGAUGUCAUAUCCAAAAUCACGGCUUAUCCAAGUAAAGACCACUAUGAAAGUGUAGCCAAAGCUCUUGUUGCAAAGCACCCUUGUUUCAUGGAGCCAGGGUCGGGUAAAGGAUGGUAUUGCUGGGUAUUCAGCUUGAGAUUCAUUUAUGUCUACUAAAACUAGGAUUCUCGUUUAAUAUUACAUUAGUAAUGUGCAUACUACUAAUCUAAUUACUUUAGUGUGCAGGACACAAACCAAAACAAAAGAACUGCUGCCCUACUCGGUCUUACCUGCUAUCUUUCAGAGGAUUCUUCCAACAUAAUCAGGAUGUGUGAUGUAAGUGACAUUGUAUUUACACAUUUCACAGUAUACAGUUAAAUACAGUACACUUUAUGUUGAAAUGUGAUUCAGGUAA